UUUUGUUUUCUUCAAGUUGCAAUUUAUAACUCUUGGGUGUAUCUCUUUCUAGAUACUGAUAUCUUGCCACAAACUAGCUUUGUAUCCCUGGCUAGAAUAAAAUCUUGUUCUUACAAGUUACAACUCAUCAUAUACAAAUCUUCAACGUAUAUGGUUCUAGUUCAAAGAUCUUACAAGCAUUGUAAAUCUUUUACAGGCGUUAUUAAGAUCUGGGGCUGAUCAAAAUAUUAUUAAUAACUGGUCAACUUGGUUCUACUUUCGAUGGAAUAUUUAUCUAUCCAGUGCUUAUCCGACAUGGGAAUGGAGGAUCAAGUUUUGAUCAACCAAUAUUCAUAUAUGGACACCAUUGAUGAGUUAACUGUACAACAAAUUGCAGCUGCACUUGGAGGAGAUUUCAAUAGACAAUCUUUCUCUUCGUCCUACCCAGCAUAUAUGGAAACUACUGGUAGUUGGAGCUAUCCUAUUGAUCAUACUCGUCAAAACAUAACAAGUACUCCUCCUGCUGAGCCUUCUUCUCCGUCCAACUUUCUUUCUUUCGGUAAAAAUAGUCAGAUCUCGCCUACAAAACCUCCUCAAGUGGCUCAGAUCUGUGAAAACGUAGGUUGUCCUAUCAACCCUAAAGAAGAGGUGGUUUCUCCCGGAAAGAAUAACAUGAUGCUUCCAUCUGAUGUUUCUUACAUGAACAUUAACUCUACAUCCAAAGGAAAGUAG